UUGAAUAGUUAGUCAACUUCUUGGCGACAAUGGCGAUGGAAGUGGGAGGGGGCCCGAAGGAGCCCCGUUCACCUCCACCGGAUCCAGAGUUUGGAAGAGAGGAUGAAGAUAGGCUCGAGGAGCUUAUGAGGCUAUGCUAUGAAGAAGGGAUAAUGCCAUCAAACAUUGAUCCCGGGGAGAUGUCGGUGGAAGGAAGGGAGGCGCAAUUUAAACUGAAGAAAGUAAAGGAUGACAUUGUGCGUGCGUACGAAGAUGAUAAAAUUCAAGAAGGAAGUUUUGAGGCUGACAGCUUUCGAAGAGGACGGGUGAAAGUGGAAAGCCCAAACGUGCUUUUCUAUGUGGCGAAGUCACGUGCAAUUGCAACGUGGAUGGUGCUGAAGGCGCGGGAUGAAAUUACUAUCGGGUCAGAGACGUACAAGCUGGAGUUCAAGCCUUGGUUAUCCAAGGGACAACUCCGGGAUCAACGAAGAGCAGAGGACGAGCAGACAUUCUGGGUAAUUGCUGUCCAAGUCCCACUGGACUCCUUUUUCUACUUGGAAGCUCAGAUUGGAAAAGCGAUUGGAACAGUAAUUCGCACACAUCCUACGGAACCGGAUCGACUGAAGCCCUCACUGGUCAAUAUUAAAUAUGACCUGGAUCCAGCUUCGAGACAGAAUAUAAAAGAUAAGAUUUGGGUGCUGACUCCGGAAGGAGAUGAGCUUGAAGUGAAAUUGGCAUCAUCGGACACUCCGAAAUGUCGUCGGUGCCGAGCCUUCUUUCAUAUGGAGGCCGAGUGUCGAAGGGCAGGGAGACAGCAACAACAACAAAGCAAUCAGCAGCACUUAGGAGGUUUUCAACCAGCAGCGUCUUCACAAGGGUAUCAAGGCCCAAUGGAUCAUCAGGGUUUCUCCCCAUCUCAAGCUCCACUUCCAGCGAAUUCCUCUCAAGGCAGACCCAGCGCUCAGCACGCGCCUUCCUCCUACGUCAAUCCAAUGUUUUCUCCGGCAAUUCAUGCCCAAGUUUCCAGUAUGAACCAAGCUGGUGGCCAGUAUCCUUUUCAAGUAUCGUCGCAAUAUGGGAUGCCCAGCUGGGCUGGAAACACUUUCCUCCCAUGGCAGAUGCAUCAGGGCGUUCAACAAGGAAGAGCCACGAUACCAUCCUUGCAACUUCAGCAGACAUAUGGCAUGCCGCUUGGAGCAAAUUCGGUGAUGGGAGCACAGAUGACCACAAACGCUGGAGCAAAGUUUGCCCCAGCGAGCGUAGGUCUAAAUACGGGUGUCGGGAACAGCGGAGCACAAGGUGGAACGGGCAAACACGGUUUAGGGAGUGGGUCUCGCCCUGUGCUUGGCACAGGCCCUCCCAACUUUCAGAGAGAACGGGAGACUUCACCGCUCCUGCAAAGACCACGGACAAGUACUCCAGGUAAGCAGCGCAGAUUGAACUUGGAGGGUAGAUUUGUUGCAAGUGAUUUACAAGAUGGAGAUGAGAACUCUUGCACCUCGCUGCCCCAAUCUGAAAAAUCCUCUGACAGGAUUAAAGAUGUCGGUACACCAGGAAGUACCUCCUCCAAGAGGAGAGCUCCUUCGCUGGCACGGGGCCAGAUGCACCUGGUAGAUAACAAGGUAUUACCACUCUUUUGCACGUUCGCACGCAAUGCAUGUUGGGUAAUUUCGUGGUUAACCGCAGACGGGAGCCCGAUGUUGGUACGUUUCGCCGGUCCUGGACAGCCCAUGCCCUCUGCCCUGGUGUCGUUAGUCAGGUCGGCGAUAAACGACCGUUUCGUGUUUCGCAUUAUCCCUGAGUUGAAUAUGCCUCGGUUGAUUGUGGAUAAUCCCGAAGGGGGGGGGAAGCGGAUCAAAUUAUUCGUGCCAAUUAUGGAUGUUAGAUUGGUGGUCGGGCAGUUGGAAAAAUUUGAGACGGAAGGACUCCGGUUGCUUCCGUUGACAUGGUUUGGGGAAGCACGAAAAAACGAGUUGAGGCGAAUUAAAAUGCCGCCACUACCAAACGCAGAAUGCCUGGCAGCUGUGGAUGGUAAACUGCUGAAGGAUAAGAAGCUUCUCUCUCCGUUCGUCAAAUCUAUGCUCACCACCAAUUGGCUGGUGCCGCAUGGCCAGGCGACAUCCCAACGCCCCCCCUCUAUCCAACCGUCGCUCAGAGGACCUGGAAUGAAUGGGCAAAAUUAGAAUCGGUACGUGGAAUGUUAGGGGGCUACCGUCUUCACCCGAAAAUAACGCCCGGGCGUUAUAUUCAACUUUCCCAAAAAAGGUGAGAUUUUCGUUUUUAGCCACUUUUUUCCAAAUACAAUGCCCCUUCGAAUAGAACGGCCGGGCGUUAUAUUCUAAUAGAACGCCCGGGCGUUAUAUUUGAAUGUUCCAUGGCCAGAGUGCCUUGAAGAG